AUAAAUAGCCAAACUCCCAGGAUGCAGAAUGCUUUUUCAAUAAAUCAAAUAGUCGACAACAUCGGAGAACUGAACAAUGGUAACACAAUGGAACUGGAUUCAAUUGUAUCAGACGCAGACGUAGUAAAAUUGAAAUCUGGUAAUUAUUUAAAAAACUACGACGAAAAGGAGUUGUGUUUUGGAAAAGACGAAUCAGAAGAAGUUUGUGCUAAUGCUAUUACAGUGAAGAAGAUAGACGACGAGGCAUUAGAAGGUAAAAGGCUCAAUAUUCCUACUUUCCAUAAAUGCCUAAAUUGCGAAACUCAUUUUUCAACUAAAUACCAAUAUCAAAGGCAUCAGUGCAAUUUUAAUUCUGAAAAUUAUGUUGGCAUAAGUAGCCAAACUCCCAGGAUGCAGAGUGUUUUUGCAAUAAAUCAAAUAGUCGACGACAUCGGAGAACUUAACAAUGGUAACACAAUGGAACUGGAUUCAAUUGUAUCAGACGCAGACGUAGUAAAACUGAAAUCUGAUAAUUAUUUAAAAAACUACGACGAAAAGGAGUUGUGUUUUGGAAAAGACGAAUCAGAAGAAGUUUGGGCUAAUGCUAUUACAGUGAAGAAGAUAGACGACGAGGCAUUAGAAGGUAAAAGGCUCAAUAUUCCUACUUUCCAUAAAUGCCUAAAUUGCGAAACUCAUUUUCCAACUAAAUACCAAUAUCAAAGGCAUCAGUGCAAUUUUAAUUCUGAAAAUUAUGUUUUGAAAUCUUCCCAGGCAAGCACUGAUAAUAAUAUGGAUCACAGUUCUAAUGGACAAUAUAAAUGUAGCGUAUGUCCCAAAGUAUUUGCCAAUAAAGAGCAUUUGGGAAGUCAUCAAAAGUGCCAUAUUAUUAACCAAUGUGAAUUUUGCUCCAAAAAUGUAAUAGGGGAAAAUAGAUUGAGAAUUCAUAAAGAGAAUCAUUGUAAAAAAGCUGAAAAUGUUAACAAGUUCUAUCGCAGCGACAUUGUUGUUUGGAAAUGCAAAAAAUGCCAAGAAAUAUUUUCCUGUCUUCAAAAUGGCAAAAAUCAUCAACAUUUUUGCCAACAAGGUAAGCCAACUAGCGACAAGGAUAUCGAACAAACUUCGACAGAAAUAUUAUUGCAAUGUGAGUUUUGUAAUCGCACUUUUAUUGAUAAAAGUUUCUUACUCACACACCAACGUAAUCACACCACAGCUAAAAACUUCGAAUGCGUCAAUUGCGAUAAGGCAUUUGAUUCGUAUCCCGUAGCGGUAUCUCAUUGGAUCAAAAAAUGCUCAGAAUUCAGUAACAUAUUUUAUCUGCCUAAAUUAACUUAUUGCGAAUAUUGCGAUAAGACUUUCAAAAAUCACGCUUUGCUAUACAACCAUAAAAUUAAAAAGAGACAUUAUACACAGAAAUUGUUCGUCUCUAAUCUUGAGUUUGGAGAUCAAGUCACAGAGGACAGCAGUAAAGAAAAUAUGAACCAAUUGAUUGAAGAUAUUUUGGAGACUUUGCAAGUUCCCAAAAAUAUUGAUAAUCAAAAUCACGGUGAUAUUGCUGAGCAUUUUAUCAAAGAAGAACCUGCUGAUGAGGAUGUCCAUCAACAAAGCCUUUUGAAGAUCCCCUAUUGCGACAAGAAACCUAAAUAUCAGAAAAAAUCCCCCAAGAGUAAAAAAUGUUUAAUUACCACUGAGGAAGGGUUCAAAUGGCAGUGCGAAAAAUGCAUUCAAGUAUUUGACGUUAUUGACAAUUUGGAGACUCACAAGCAAAACCAACACGAAUCAGUUUUUGCUUGCAGCACUUGCCCCGAGGUAUUCCAGAGCGCUAGAGCGCUAUUAACCCAUACAAGGCUUCACAAGAGUUUGAAACCCUAUGUGUGCGACAUUUGCGGACGCAGUUUUUCGCAAACCUCGCAUUUGGGACAACAUAUGAGAUUUCAUCAGGGGAUCAAGCCGUUCGCUUGCCCUCACGAGGGUUGUGAAGCCCGUUACACCAUAAGAUCCGAUCUAAAGGAUCAUAUUUGUAAAGUGCACACCAGGGAAAGACCUUUCAAAUGUAACGUGUGCAAUAAACGUUUUCUAACUGGAUCUGUCUAUUACCAACAUCGAUUGAUUCACACCAAUGAUAGACGGUAUAUUUGUGAUGCAUGUGGUAAAAAAUUCUUUAGAGCGGAUGCUCUGAAUAACCACAAACGGAUCCACACUAAUGAAAGACCUUAUCCGUGCAAUAUUUGCGAAAAAUAUUUUAGACAAAAAAAUGACAGAAACAAACAUGUGCGUACGCAGCAUGCAAAUGUACACAUUGAGCAUAACUAAUUGUCUUCAUUGUUAUUAUUAAUUUCAAUUUCUGAUGCAUUUGUUACCUAUUCCAACUUUUCAAAUCAACCACAUCAUGUUCUAGGUAGGAUGACUUUUGCAUUUUCAAUCCGUUGGAUGAAUUCUUUUUACAAGCACCUAUUUUAUAUUUAACCUGUAACUGGUGAGGUGGGGUUUCUCAAACCCCACAGAUUUUAAGAAUCUUUACCACGUAUUACCUAAUGGUUGGAGGCCCAUUACCGCAUCAAAACAUUCUGCCGCCCAAUCUAGCCAUAUCCCGGAAAUCUGACCAAUCAAAUUCGAUGUGGCUAUUUUGAGCGGCAUAAUGUUACUACAUGGGCUAGGUCAGGGGUCAAAAUCUCGGGACGGCAAGUUGGACUUGUCCGUUAGAAGUGCCGCAUGUUUUGUUUAUUUGUCGCUCAUUGCUCUAUUGAAAUUUAUGCGAAGACAUUUUAAUAUUUAUUCAUAAUAGAGAUGGAUGCGAUACAACUACCCACAACGCCUGUUUAUUCGAAUGUGAGUGAAAACACCUAUCGUGCAAAAGGAAAAAUAGUACCGACAUUAAUGGCCGUUUGCAUUGACCCAUUAAUGGAAGGCUUAACGAUAGGAAGAUAUUCCUUAAAGUGACAUUUUCCCAUGCAAAAUGUAAUUUUAACGUAGACCUGACGUAGACUUAUCGUUAAAAGGCUUUCUUAAAACAGUCGGUGCAAACGGCCAUUAAUGUAGGUACUAUUUUUCCUUUUUUUAUUUCAUGUAGGUAAAUUAAGGUAAAACACCUAAUGCUAAACCUAAAUUUAUUGACCCCUUAUAUCCAAAAUGGAAAUAUUUCUUAAUUCCUCCGUUUCAAUAAAAAAAACUAACAAUUAAUAUAUUCAUGAAAAAAAUCCAUAGGGAACACGAAUAAAAUAUAAAUUUCUGAAUUGAAUAACACGUACAAAAGACACAUAGAUUUUUCAACAUCAAACAUUGUUUGGUAAAUUUAAUAUUAAUGCUGUAACGUUCUGACCCUGAAUCUAGCCCAUGCAAUAACAUUCUGACCCUUUUAAUAGCUAUUGGGUGGCAGAAUGUUUUGAUGCUUACCGUCUGUGUAGCUUUCGGUCCGUUGUCCGUCAGUACCCUAACGGUGUCAACAACGCGCGAUAUUUUACUUGGUGUGCAAUAUAACGAUUCUUGUACAAAUUGGGGUUUGCGUAACCCCACCUCACUUUGAGUCGUUUGUGUUAGUUUGGGUUAAUCGCUCUCCAGAAAGAUUACUUGAAAUACAAUUUUGUUAGAACUUUGUUCCUUGAAUGUUUUUCAAAGAUUUUCAGACACUUUUCCGCCAUUUUGUAUUUGUUAUGCUACAUUUUCAGUUUGAUUACUUCUAGCAAUUAGAAAUAAGUUUUGAUACCUAUGUGUUUUGUGCAGUCCCACAGUAAAAUUUAAUUAUUCCUAAAAUAUUUGUUUUCUUUUUGUUGAAAGUAUGUACCUACGUGUUUCAAAAGGACAAAUUUUACCCAAAAGUGAAUAACAUACACGUUUUUUUAUUUUGAAUUAGCAGAAUCGCCUUUUUCAUUUGGGAUUUGACAAACCCCACCUCACCGGUUAUGUAACAAAAAAAUGACCUCACCAGUUACGGGUUAAUUCUUUCAUAGCAAAAUUUUGUGGAGCAAACAAUUUCACUAAAAUAGCAAGUAGGUACUUAUGUCUGUACCUGGAUUGUUCCUAAGUCAAAUUGAUAGGCAUAUUAGUUAGGUACCUAUACAUUUAUGUUUUAGAUAAUUAGACUGAGAUAAACUCAUGAAAGCAAUUAUUAUUGUUAAACUGCGCUUUUUUUAGUUUUAAAUACUGCAAUAAUAGAAAAUUUGACAACAAACCUAUUUAAUUUUAUUCAAAAUUUAUAUUUAUUCUAGGACAACAUAAUCAAAACA